CGCGAAGGAGGCGGCGGCGGCGGCGGCUUCAGCCAUGUCAGCGGGCGGCUCGGGGCAGCGGGAGCCGGGGGCUUCGGGCGGGCGCCGGAGCAAAUGGGACCAGCCGGGCCCUUCGCCGGCUCUCUUUCUCCUUCCUGCUACCACCCCUGUGGCCGGCCGUCCCAUCCAGGGCAGCGGUGACGGGAUGUUGGGCUCGGAAGGUUCGGCGGCUCCUUUGGGAGCCUUGGAUGCCGCGGCGGCGGUGGCCGCGAAAAUCAACGCCAUGUUGAUGGCAAAAGGGAAGCUGAAGCCCUCGGCCAACUCCGCAGACAAGCUCCAGGCUCCAGGCAAAGGUCCGUCGGCAAACAAAAGCAAAGAUGAUCUCGUGGUGGCGGAAGUGGAGAUCAACGACGUGCCACUCACGUGCCGAAAUCUCCUAACAAGAGGACAGACGCAGGACGAGAUAAGCAAGCUCAGUGGGGCAGCAGUCUCCACUCGGGGACGAUACAUGACCGCGGAAGAGAAAAUCAAAAUUGGCCCUGGGGAUCGUCCCCUGUACUUGCACGUCCAAGGACAGACGCGAGAACUGGUGGACAGAGCUGUCAACCGGAUCAAAGAAAUCAUCACCAACGGCGUCGUCAAAGCAGCCACCGGGUCCAGCCCCACCUUCAACGGGGCCACGGUGACCGUCUAUCACCAGCCCGCCCCCAUUACUCCCUUGCCCCCAAGCGUGGGGCAAAAGACGCCCUUCCAGUCUGGCGGAAUGCAUUACGUCCAGGAUAAGCUGUUUGUGGGGCUGGAACACGCGGUGCCCACGUUCAGCAUCAAGGAGAAGGUGGAAGGACCGGGCUGCUCGUAUUUGCAGCACAUCCAGAUAGAAACGGGGGCGAAGGUGUUCCUUCGGGGGAAGGGCUCCGGCUGCAUCGAACCCGCGUCUGGCCGCGAAGCUUUCGAACCCAUGUACAUAUACAUCAGCCACCCCAAGCCAGAAGGCCUGGCAGCAGCCAAAAAGCUUUGCGAGAACUUACUACAGACUGUCCACGCCGAAUACUCGCGAUUUGUAAACCAGAUAACCACUGCGAUGCCCUUAACAGGAUUCGCGCAACCAGCAACCAUCGCAACUGUUCCCCCCCAGCCGCCAUACUACCCCCCCAACGGCUUCCAGGCGAGCUACCCCAUGGCUCCGCCCCCUCAGCAGCCGGGCCAACCUCCUUACGUGAUGCCGGGCAUCGGCCCUCCGGCGGUUCCCAUGGCGCCCGGGGUACUGGCCCUCCCCACCAGCGUCCCUCCCGUUCCCACCCAGUACCCGAUUACGCAAGUCCAGCCCGCAGCUACCACCAGCCAGACCCCGCUCACCGCUCCUUUCUUGCCUGCUGCUCCUGGAAAGACCCCCCUGCCGAGUGGGACGCAGCCCCCGAUGCAGCCCCUUCCUCAACCGGGCCAAAAACGACGGUUCACCGAGGAGCUUCCCGACGAGCACGAAUCCGGAUUGCUGGGAUAUCAGCAUGGACCCAUUCAUAUGACUAAUUUAGGUACAGGAUUCUGCAUCGCGACGGAAAUGGAUAGGACCGGCCCGAAGCCAGCAGGUUCCUCAGGAAAGGAGAGAGAGAGGGACAGGCAGCUGAUGCCACCGCCGGCGUUACCAGUGACCGGGAUGAAGCCGGAGUCUGACGACCGAAACGGGUCCUUGGGGGGCAGCAACGAUCAUCCGUCCAAGAAGAUGAAAAGCAGAGAAAAGGAACUGGGGCUGGUGGCGUACACCGGCGACUCGUCGGACGAAGAAGACGACCACGGGGGUCUCAAAAAUGCAAGUAGCUACUCCCAAACCUGGAGGUUAGGGUACCAGUAUCCCUCGUCGCAGCAACGGGUGAAGCAACAGAUGCCGUUCUGGAUGGCCCCUUAGGGUCCCCGUCCCACCCGCCCCGGUCUUCGCCCUUCCGUCUGGAGCAAUAAAAAAACCGCAUGUAUUCCGAUCAAAGACAAGUCCGUGCAAACGCAGAAGCUCGUGUCCCCCUCCCCCUCCUGCUCUCUGCACAUGCUUGUGAGAUGCAGUACGCCUCUUUUUUUUUUUUUUUUCCCCCUCUCCUUUUUUUUUUUGUGUGGCUGGACUGUUUUCCACACCUCCUCCUCCCCCUCUCCAUCCCUCCCUUUCCCUCCUGAACGUCCGCCAUUUGGAGUGACUCGGGGGGGACGGACGGACGACCGCCGGCUACUUUGGCGAUACGACGGCCCAUCCUCCGUGUGAUUCCCUCGCAAAGGAGCGUCCUCGCCUCGCCUGGGCUCUCCCGAAUCUUCUCCGCAAGCAGCUUUUUUUUUGGGAAACGGCGUUUGGAAGAGGCGCCAGCCAGCCAGCCCGCUUGCCCCACGCCACGGCUGCCCUUCCGUGUUCGUUUCUCGCCGGGAAGGGAAGGAUUUUUUUUUCCCCUCCUCCGGAGCUGUGUGUGUGUAUGUGAGACGCUUCUCGCCUUCUGGAACGGAGAACGGAAAACCUUUCACUGGAUCGUUCGUUUUUUUGGACUCUAGAAUCCUUUCCCAGAAGGGAUUUCUGUUCCUUUUUUUUUUUUCCCAGCAAUUUAUUUUGAUUUUAUUUUAUUUUUUUUAGCAUUAGAAAACGCAGCUUUUGUUAGCUGUGUAGGCUACCGUUUAGAUUCCGGAUGGAGUUCUUUCGCCUGGCUGAUAAAAAAACCUUUUCAUCUCUUGGCCUUCCUCCGUGUUUAUCGAGCCUCCUUAGGCAAGGAACGGCACACAACGUUGUGGAAUUCAGACAAUUCAGCUCUUCGAAUUCAGCCCUGUGGGGUUUUUUUUAAAAAUUUUAUUAUUUUUUAAUCCCGGCUUCCUCCACCAACAACACCCGAGUUUCCAUUUUGCCAUUGGUUACCAUCUCCUCUUCUGUUCCAAAUUGGCGAGCGGCCGGCCAGAUUUUGUUUUUUGUGGUGGUUUUCCCUUUUUUUAAAAUAAUAAUAAUAAUAAUAAAUAAUAAUACAUCUUCUGGAAUGGGUAGAAGGCAGUCCUAGCCGAAAAAUUAGGAUUGUGGUUCAGAACUAACCGGCUUUUCACCCGGACUGUUACCUAAGUAAAAUAUGGGGUUUAAUUAUUAUUUUUCUGCACGAUGAAAUGCGCAGUCUUGGGAACGGGGAACCGCAGACUGACUCAAGCUCUCUCUCUCUGUGUGUUCAGACCGCAAAAGAAUAUUUUAAAAUAAUUGGAACAAGCGCUGGAUUAUUAUUUUCUUUUCUGGCAGGUUUGCUUCGCCCCAAACCAAACCUCUCCACCCUCAAACCUCACUCUCUGUUCUCUGAUUUUUCUACAUGUUGUAAAUAAAUUAAACCAUAAUUUCACGAUAAAUGUACAAAUCUCCGACUUC